UUACGCCUGUAUGUUUACGUUCGUAUUGGUGUGGAGGUCGUGUCUGGUCCUGGUGCAGUCAUCGGGAGGACAAACCCUUCCUGCAAACUGCACCUCCUAUCAAGAAGAAGUUUGGUCUCGGAGCUCCGCGAAGCCCAAGUGAUGCUUAAUUAAGCCUUCAGACACACUGGCAGCUUCGUCGAGGAAAAGGGAUGAUCAAGAGAGAUGAAUAUCUUACCUAAGAAGAGGUGGCAUGUACGGACAAAGGAUAACAUUGCUCGUGUGCGUCGUGAUGAAGCCCAAGCUGCAGAAGAAGAGAAAGAAAGGGUGCAGAGGGCAAAGCUUGCUGAGCAGGAAGCUCGAACGGCCUUUCUAAGGAAUAAAGCACGAUCAAAAUAUGAUGGAGGAUAUGGAGAGACUCAGAGUGUACAACCAAAGAAGGCUCCAGAACAGAAACAACCUCCAGAAUCCAAGAAAGCUCCAGAAGCAAAUAUAUAUACAUCAGAGGGAAAUAUCAACUUUUUCAAGGACCUUGAAGAUGGGAAGCAAAUUGGUGGGACAAAUAAAGAACAUGAGGAGGAGAAAAAGGCUGAACAAGAAAAAUAUGAGAAAAGUAUAGGGUAUCUUACAUAUCUGGGCCAAGAUUCACUGGAAGCAAAAGGAGGCAAAGCCUGGUAUGAACUUGAUAGUGGCAGAAUCACUCAAAAAGAUGAGGAAGACCCAGUCGACAACUUACAGGAAGUUGGGUUGAAGAGUAAGAGUAGGAUGGACCCUAUUAAUGAUAUCAUUAAAUUUGCUGGCUUAAAACCAGCAAAAAGAGUCAUAAAAUCUUCCUUGCCAGUUACAGAUGUUAAGUGUUCUACAAAUCCUUUACCUAAACAAGAGAACCCUAUUCUUUGUGAGGAGAGCUCUUCCAAGAAAUAUAGAUACCUAAAUAAACGACACAAGAGAAAACACAAAAAGGAACAUAAAAAAAUUAAGAGGAAUAAGAAGAAAAAGUCAAAGGAAAGGAUGAAAACAGAUUUUUACAGCGAUGAAGAGAAAAUUAAAAAGAAAAAAGGGAAGAUGCACAGAGAUUUAAAGCGAAGCCGGGAGACGAGCAGCGAUGAUGGCACUGAUGAUUAUAAUUCUCAAGAGAGGAAGAGAAAGAAGACGUAUCAUAAUCCAAGUAGAAGUAUUGAAGAUGAGCAAAGAUGUAAAAACAGACACACCAGAAAAAGCAACAGCAACAUUAGUAGUGGUAGCAGCAAUAUGACAGAUAGCUCUUUGCAAUACAGCAGUGAUGACGAGGAGCUUGCAAAAGAAAAGCAGAGAAAGCUUGAAGUACUACGAGCUGAGAGGCUAAGACGAGAAGCUGACGAACGACGUAAAGCUGAGCGACUUCUUGCUGGGAAAAAACCUGAUGUUUCUGAAGGUACUAGUGAAAUUAAACCAGUCUUCCAGCAGAAAUAUAAUUCUCAGUUUAACCCUCACAUUGCACGUCAAAACCAGGAGCCAAAACCCUUGGAAACUGGUGUAAAAUACUGGCUUCAAUGAAGUAUUGUUUAUUGAUUAUUGUAAAUACAAUAUAUUUGAUCAUAUUACUGUAUUUCAAAUUUUAUUUAUUUCUUGGUCUCUGUGCCAUAACUAACAUUUAAAGAAAUGUAUCUUAUACUUUUCAUACUAUAUUCACAGCAUGUUGUGCAAUAGAUAUUAAUGGUUUUUCUAAAUAAAUAUUAUGUUUUA